AUGGGUGCACUUGAUUACCUCUCCAACUUUUGUGAUACCGUCGGUGUAAACACCACCACCAUUAAGAAGGCCAACCGCAAAGCAAUGCAGACAGUUGAGAUAAAAGUGAGAAUGGACUGCGAUGGUUGCGAAAGAAGAGUGAGAAAUGCAGUGACUUCAAUGAAAGGUGUGAAAUCUGUGGAGGUGAAUAGAAAACAAAGCAGGGUGAUAGUAAGUGGGUAUGUGGAUCCAAACAAGGUGUUAAAGAGGAUAAAGAGUACUGGGAAAGUGAGAGCUCAAUUUUGGCCUUACGUUGAACAGCAUCUUGUGCACUAUCCUUAUGCCUAUGGAGCCUAUGACAGAAGGGCACCCUCUGGAUUUGUUAGAAACGUUCUGCAGGCUGACCCUUCUAAUCAUCAACAGGAGAUACUUGUCUCCCUUUUUAACGAUGAUAAUGUAAAUGCAUGUUCCAUCAUGUAA